GCGCGGCCGGACCCGGGGGCGCGCACUCGGCCCGGCCGGGGCCCCAGCAUGGCCGAGCCGCUGCUGAGGAAAACCUUCUCCCGCCUGCGGGGCCGGGAGAAACUUCCCCGGAAAAAGUCGGACGCGAAGGAGCGCGGCCGCCCGGCCCAGCACACGGAGCCCAGCCCCCCGGAGCCCGAGCCCCAAGCCCCCGAAGGGGCGCAGGCCGAGGGGCCCCCCAGUCCCGAGGCACCGCGCAGCCCCGCGCGGGGCGCCUACCUGCAGAGCCUGGAGCCCAGCAGCCGCCGAUGGGUGCUGGGCGGGGCCAAGCCGUCGGAAGAGGCCGCUUUGACGUCUGGGGGUCCCGGCGGCGGGGAGCCGGCAGGCGAGAUCUGGUACAACCCCAUCCCUGAGGAAGAGCCCAGGCUCCCGUCGCCCGGACCCCCGGGGCCACAGCCCAGCACUGCUGGACCCGAUGGCCCGGCCCCCCAAGGCGCGGCCCCCGCCAGCCCCCCGAUCAAGGCAUCCCGCACCAAGUCCCCGGGCCCGGCCAGGCGCCUCUCCAUGAAGAUGAAGAAGCUGCCCGAGCUGCGGCGCCGCCUGAGCCUGCGGGGUCCCCGGGGCGGCCGCGAGCGCGAGAGGGCCACCCCCGCCGGCUCCGGCUCGGUCAUCAGCCGCUACCACCUGGACAGCAGCGUGGGGGCCCCCGGGCGGGCGGCGGUGGCCAGGGGCGCGCGGGGUCCCCGGGCCGGUUACCUCAGCGACGGGGACUCGCCCGAGCGCCCCGCAGGGCCCCCGUCGCCCACCGCCUUCCGGCCCUACAAGGCGGCCCCGACGGCCAGGGCGCCCCCGCCUGCGCUCUGGGGCCGCCUCAGUCUGCACCUGUACGGGCUCGGGGGGCUGCGGCCUGCGCCCGGGGCUAGCACGCGCGACCUCUGCUGCCUGCUGCAGGUGGAUGGAGUGGCCCGGGCGCGGACGGGGCCGCUGCGCUGGGGCCCCGACUUCCUCCAGCUGGACCACACUUUCCACCUAGAACUCGAAGCCGCCCGGCUCCUGCGGGCGCUGGUGCUGGCGUGGGACCCCGGGGUGCGGCGCCACCGGCCCUGCGCCCAGGGCACCGUGCUGCUGCCCACGGUGUUCCGAGGGUGCCAGGCUCAGCAGCUGGCCGUGCGUCUGGAGCCGCAGGGGCUGCUGUACGCGAAGCUGACCCUAGCGGAGCAGCAGGAAGCACCCAGCACAGCUGAGCCCCGGGUCUUCGGACUGCCCCUGCCGCUGCUGGUGGAGCGCGAGCAGCCCCCCGGACAGGUGCCCCUCAUCAUCCAGAAGUGUGUUGCGCAGAUCGAGCGACGAGGGCUACGGGUAGUGGGGCUGUACCGUCUGUGUGGCUCGGCAGCAGUGAAGAAGGAGCUGCGGGACGCCUUUGAGCAGGACAGUGCAGCGGUCUGCCUCUCCGAGGACCUGUACCCCGAUAUCAAUGUCAUCACUGGCAUCCUCAAGGAUUAUCUUCGGGAGCUGCCCACCCCACUCAUCACCCAGCCUCUCUAUCAGGUUGUGCUGGAGGCCAUGGCCCGGGGGCCCCCAGGCAGGGCUCCCCCCAACCCUGAGGGAACCCGCGGGCUCCUCAGCUGCCUGCCAGAUGUGGAGAGGGCCACGCUGACGCUUCUCUUGGACCACCUGCGCCUCGUCUCCUCCUUCCACGCCCACAACCGCAUGACCCCGCAGAACCUGGCCGUGUGCUUCGGGCCCGUGCUGCUGCCGGCGCGCCAGGCACCCUCCCGGUCCCGCGUCCGCGGCUCGGGCCCGGGCCUCUCCAGCGCGGUGGACUUCAAGCACCACAUCGAGGUGCUGCACUACCUGCUGCAGGCCUGGCCAGAUCCCCACCGGCCCCCCGAGGCUCUGGAGUGCGCCCCGUACCUGCGGCCCAAGCGACAGCCGCCGCUGCACUUGCCACUCGCGGCCCCCGAAGUGGUGACCCGACCCCGCGGCCGGGACGGUCCCGAGAGCCCCCCUAGCAACCGCUACGCCGGCGACUGGAGCGUCUGCGGGCGGGACUUCCUGCCCUGUGGGCGGGACUUCCUGUCCGGGCCCGACUACGACCACGUGACGGGCAGCGACAGCGAGGAGGACGAGGAUGAGGCGGGCGGGCCCCGGGGCGCCGCCGACUUCGACGAUGACGACUUCGACGCUCCCUUCAACCCGCACCUGAACCUCAAAGACUUCGACGCCCUCAUCCUGGACCUGGAGCGGGAGCUCUCCAAGCAGAUCAACGUGUGCCUCUGAGCCGGGCGGGGCGGGCCCCGGGUUCCUGGGGGUCCGGGGUGGAGGUGGGGGGCACCGAGGAGCAGACCCGUUGCUGAGGCCUAGCUCCCGGCUGCUGGGGGGCUGCUGGGGGGCCGCCGAGGGACCGCCGAGGGACCUGCCGUCCGUUGCUGAAUCAUUCCCUGUUUUUGAUGCCCGGUUGCCAGCUGCUGGGACGCGGGCACUGGUCAGGAAGGCCGGUGCUGUGAUUUUAGGGACCGGUUCUUGGGGCCAUCUUUACAGAAUUCCAAGGGUUUCUCCUCCUUCAGCCAAAAGGCUGUUCUCCCGCUUGCCAGGCUGGCCUCUGUUGCCUCCCCUGGGCCAGGGAAAACAGCGGUUACUGCCAACAACACCCCACGAUGGUCUACACCCCUCAACCCUCUUGCUGCUGCCAACCAAAUCAGUAUUAGCUUUGAACGCUGCACUCUGCUUCUCCCUCCUCUGGAGGGCCCAAGGACUAUCCUGAGGAGCUGCUGGGGGCAGGGGGAGACACCAGCUGGCUUUCCCACCCUGUGUCCCAGGGAAAGACACCCCACCACCCCACCCCCACCACGACCACCCCACCCCCAUCACUGCCUCAGACCAGCAAACGGAGCCAGCAGAGUCUGGCC